AUGGCGAUGAAGUUGAGGAUGGAGGUGAAGAAGAAGACGAAGAAGAAGAAGAAGAAAAAGGUUGUGAUAGAAAUGGUAAUGAUAGAGAUGAUAAAGAAGAAGUUUAUGAUGGAGAUGGUAUUGAUAGAGAUGAUGAAGAAGAAGUUUAUGAUGGAGAUGGUAUUGAUAGAGAUGAUGAAGAAGAAGAAGUUUAUGAUGGAGGUGGUAAUGAUAGAGAUGAAGAAGAAGAAGACGAAGUUGAUGAUGAAGAUGAUAAUGAUAGAGAUGAUGAAGAAGAAAAAGAUUAUGAUUAAGAUGAUAAUGAUAGAGAUGAUGAAGAAGAAGUUUAUGAUGGAGAUGGUAAUGAUAGAGAUGAAGAAGAAGUAG